AUGCUCUUGGGUUUUGUUCGUUUUGUAGGGCCGGCUGCUGCUACAGGACGAAACGGGCGGCAACGUACGCGGCAACGGCGGACGGCGGCGGCGGCGACGACGACGACGACGACAACGACGGCGGACGUACACACGGGCUUGCGCGUGUCGAGACUGAACCGGCGAGGCGGUUUUUUUUCCCGUCGCUCUGCUCGCGUCCGCCAGGCGCGCGCGGACGGCGGCGGCCGCGAGGGGACACGGCCGCCUGGCCAAUGGAUCGUCGGCUGGGCGUGGCCGCGACGCGGCCGCCCGGCCAGACACCAUUCCGCCGUCGCCGCCGCGGUAAAUCUCCCGGGCCGCCGCCGCCGCCCGUUGUUUAUUUCCGGUCGUGUCACUACUCGGGCCGCCGCCGCCGCCGCCGCCGCCGGAAGACGAAUCCGGAACAGCGCCGGCCGCCCGCAAUACUCGCGUGCCGCGGGUGUAUACCGACGAUUUGUUGUUAACGUCGUCGGCGGCGUUCGAUCCGUUCUACACGACUGUCGCCGCGCACAUUAUUAUAACGCGAUAACAAAAUACGACGAAUAA